AUGACUCCACCCACUCGUGUCUCUACGCGGGUGCGCACUUCCAAGUAUGCCAACUUGAAUGAAAAUGCGAUGACCCAGGCCAUCAACGCGACGGCGGUGGCAAGGCCAGUAGCUGCACGCAGGCCAGCCGCGAAGAAAAGAGCGACUCAGAAGAAGGCUACCAAGCAGGCUACUAGGCCAACCAAAAAGUCUACCAAGACGCCCACUAAGAAGCCCACUGAGAAGCCUUCGAAAGGCAAAGACAAGAGAAGGAGGCGCCUGCCAAUAGAACCAGCAACCAGGGCAGCAACUAAGCAUCCAGCCAAAUCCCGCAGGGAACCAACGCCGGAAUCACCAGGGAGUGAUGCUAUCGCCACUCCUGAAGCCCCAACAAAAUCAAGAAGCUCCCCGCUCUCCACUCCACCAUCAACUGGCAGGCUCGAUAGGGGUAGAGAAUCAAUCAACGUUCAUCCCCGUGGAGAAGUCAAGGGACACGUCAAGUCUGGGACCAACGACAUCAGAAGACGCCAUGCCAAAUCCAAGGGAACCACUUUACCCCAAUCCAGCUCCAACAAAACCAAAAGUGGCCGUGUUGACAAAGUCCGAACGGGGGCUCGACCAGGCACCAGAUCGAGUGAUGUAAGACUGUAUGGAACAGACCGAGCCGAUUCCCCAAGCUACACCGGUCUCGACUUGCUAUUUGACCAUGACCAUGACGCCCACGCAAACAAGGAUUCCAGAACCACCCCAAAAUCGAGAACGCAAAUGGCUACCAAGAUUGCCAGAAAGACUUCGAUGCGGCCACAGGAAUUUGACAGGAGGACUCCAGACGGACGCGUGGCCCAGCGCAAAUCAGGGACGAUUGUGACGCCGAGGAAGGCUAAUACGGGGGCGAAGGUGAAGCAGACAGAGAAUGUGGGUAGUGAAGAAGAGAACGAUACUGAGGAUACUGAUAUUGAUGCUUGA